CUGAUAACAGCUGUAAUAACUUUAAUAAUUUAUAAAUAAUUUUAUAUUUAUUUGUGGCAAAGCGAAUGCCAAUUUGCCGAUAUCAAUAUGAAAUAAGAGUUAGUAGUAAAUAAUAUGUUGAUUUACAAAAAUAUAAUACAUUUACACAUUGUCCCAAUAGGUAUCUAUUGUAUCAAGAGUGCCACUUUUUCGCUUAAUCGAAUAUAAACAUUCAAUUCGCUUUUUUUCUCAAUUUUAUUAAUCAUAAAAAUGUUUUGGGAGAUUGUCACAUUAUUAGUCGUACUUCCCUUACUAUUUCUAAUAGUAACCCUCUUUUGUGCAUUUGUUAUCAUACCGUGCGCAUUCAUAUUUGCAUCAUGGUAUAUGAGGAUAAGAGAGAGGAAAAUUCAGCGCCGAAAACGAGAUGGAGCAAAUAUUGCAUUUUUCCACCCAUACUGUAAUGCUGGUGGAGGUGGGGAAAGAGUGUUGUGGGUGGCCAUAAAAGCUAUAUUGUCAAGAUAUCCAGACUCACACAUAUAUAUUUACACAGUAGAAACUGCAGAGCCUCAGAAAAUACUAGAUAAAGCUCAGAAUCAGUUCAAUGUGAAGGUUGAGCCGGAACGAAUAAACUUUGUCCGCCUAAGUAUGGGCAAGUUCAUAGAAGCUAAGACAUAUCCGUAUUUUACACUCUUACUCCAGAGUUUGGGUUCUAUGAUACUUGGAAUGGAGGCAUUUGUGAAGUUCAACCCUGAUAUUUUCAUAGACACGACUGGUUUCGCGUUCACCUACCCGAUAUUCCGUUACCUCGCGCAGUGUCCCGUGGGGUGCUACACCCACUACCCCACCAUCACUUCUGCCAUGAUGAGGCGGGUAAAGCACCGACUGGUCACAUACAACAACUCUAGUCUUAUAGCCCGGAACCCGUUAUUCACGUGGUGCAAGCUGUUGUAUUAUAAACUCUUUGGCUGGUUAUAUGGUGUGAUGGGUCGGUGUGCUGAUAUUGUGAUGGUGAAUGGAACCUGGACUGAGGAGCACAUCAACGAGCUAUGGAGGAUACCCCUCACUACACAUAGGGUCUACCCACCAUGCGAGGUAUCCCAACUAAAGAAAAUCCGUUCUCUAGUCAAAGAUUCUGAUCCCAUUAGAAUACUGUCGGUUGCACAAUUCCGUCCUGAGAAAGACCACCCGUUGAUGCUGCAAGCCAUGUAUGAGCUCAGAAACCUUCUGAUCAAGAAUGAAAUGCUGUGGAAUAAGAUAAAACUAGUUUUAGUCGGUUCGUGCCGGAACCCCGAAGACGAGGAGCGAGUGAAGAACCUCCGCGACCUGGCGAAGCACCUCUCCAUCGAGGAUAAUGUCCAGUUCGUGGUGAACGCAUCGUAUGCCAAUAUUUUGGACUUGUACCAGAACUGCACAUUGGCGAUACACGCCAUGUGGAACGAACACUUUGGUAUAAGUGUUGUUGAAUGCAUGGCGGCAGGCCUAGUAACUAUCGCACACCGGUCCGGAGGCCCUCUGGCGGAUAUCGUGGAGACGGCAAUCGGUUCCCGCACCGGUUUUCUGGCGACGGAGCCUGACGAGUACGCCCGGGCUAUUCUGGAAGUGAUCGCUCUGCCACCACACCAGAGAAGGGACAUUGUGAAUGCCGCUAGGGCAUCAGUGGACCGCUUUUCGGAGAUGGAGUUUGAGAAGUCAUUCUUGAGGGCGACCGAGCCUUUGAUGAAUAUUGACUAAAUUACUUAACUAUACAUAAGAUAUUACUAAGUUAUUCCAUUACUUAUAAGUGUUUAGUAAAACAAACCACAGUUUU